AUCGCGUACUCUCACCUCAGCUCUCUGUCUACUACUACAAAUCAGCAAGGGAACUUCCAGAGGGGAGCUGUGCUGAGGAAACUACAGCCAUGCUGUGUGGUCUGAGGAGAGACGCAAAGAACAGCAUUGAUGAAGGACCAUACUCAAAGGGGAGCAAGGAGUCCGGAACAACUGACCAAUCGCAUCCAUCCCAGAGGCGCAGCUUUUCAGCAGAGGAGCACAGAGGAGUGACCACGGUGGACCUGAUGAAAAGGGAAGGCAGCAGCCUUGGCCUCACCAUCUCCGGAGGGUCUGAUAAGGACGGCAAGCCCAGAGUGUCAAACCUACGGCCAGGUGGGCUAGCUGCCAGGAGUGACCAGCUGAAUGUAGGAGACUACAUCAAGUCAGUAAAUGGCAUCAAUCUAUCAAAGCUUCGCCAUGAUGAGAUUAUCAGCCUUCUGAAGAACAUCGGGGAGCGGGUCGUGUUGGAGGUGGAGUACGAGCUGCCUCCAUUCGUUCAGACCCCCUCAGGAGUCAUAACCAAAACCAUAGAGGUGUGUUUACACAAGGAAGGAAACAGCUUUGGGUUUGUCAUGAGAGGAGGCUUCCACGAGGACUGGCGCAGGUCUCGUCCUCUGGUGGUGACGUAUGUGAGGCCUGGGGGUCCUGCUGACAGAGAGGGCACUUUGAAAGCCGGAGACCGAGUCCUGAGCAUAGACGGGAUGCCUUUAAACAGAGAGAAGCACGCCGACGCCCUGACCAUGCUGAUGCAGAGCGGCCAGGAAGCUCUGUUCCUGAUUGAGUAUGACGUCUCUGUCAUGGAAGCAGUGCAGCAAGCCUCAGGCCCUCUGCUGGUGGAGAUAGUGAAAGGCCCCUCUGCCAGCCUGGGGAUCAGCCUCACCACCUCAAUAUACAGAAACAAACAAGUCAUCGUCAUUGAUAAGAUAAAGCCAGCCAGCGUGGUGGAAAGGUGUGGAGCGCUGCAUGUCGGAGACAUCAUUCUGUGUAUAGACGGGACCAGCACAGAGCACUGCUCUCUGAUGGAGGCUACGCAGCUUCUAGCUUCCUCCUCUGAUAUUGUAAAACUGGAGAUUCUCCCAGCAAGUCAGAGCAGACUUCCUGUCCGGCCGCAGGACACAGUGAAAGUGCAGAAGAGCAACCAUCACCACUGGGACCAAAGCAGCAACUACUGCAAUCCCCCACAUGCCAGCCACGGCAAGACAUGGAGCAGCCCGAGCCACCCACACAACCAGCAGGACCACUGCAAAACUCUGGUGAGUGGUGGCUUCUCCCCUUCCUCCACAGCCACCUCAGGCUUCAGCAGCCAGGGUAGUAACACACUGCCCUGCCCCAUGCCCACCAUCUCCCCCAACAGCCCCCGCAGCUCCACUGGCAAGAGAAGGACUAGGAAGAAGGACCACAAGAGCUCACUGUCUCUGGCGUCCAGCUCUGUCGGUCCAGGAGGGCAGAUUUUUCACGUGGAAACAAGCGAGGUUGUCCUGAGGGGGGAUCCACUCACCGGUUUUGGGAUCCAGCUGCAGGGGGGUGUCUUCGCUACAGAGACCCUGUCUGCUCCCCCAGUCAUCCGCUUUAUUGAGCCCGACAGCCCUGCUGAGAGGUGUGGGCUACUGCAAGUCGGUGACCGACUGUUGUCCAUUAACGGGAUCCCGACUGAAGAUGGCACUUUGGAAGAAGCCCACCAGCUGCUCAGAGACUCAGCUCUGGCUAAUAAAGUCACAGUGGAGGUUGAGUUUGAUGUUGCAGAGUCGGUGGUUCCCAGCAGCGGCACCUUCCACGUCAAACUACCAAAGAGGAGAGGAGUGGAGCUGGGCAUCACCAUCAGUGCAAGUAAGAAACCUGGAAAACCUCUCAUCAUCUCUGACAUCCGCAAAGGAAGCAUAGCACACAGAACAGGCACUCUGGAGCCUGGAGACCGGCUGCUCGCCAUAGACAGCGUACGACUGGAGAACUGCACCAUGGAGGACGCCAUGCACGUCCUGGAUCAGGCCGAAGACAUGGUCAAACUCCGGAUCCAGAAAGAUGAGGACAACAUUGAUGAGUUGGAGAUGUCAGGCUCUAUUAUCUACACAGUUGAGCUGAAGAGAUAUAACGGACCUUUGGGCAUCACCAUUUCAGGCACAGAGGAGCCCUUUGACCCCAUUGUCAUUUCUGGCCUCACCAAGAAAGGCCUGGCUGAGAGGACCGGGGCCAUCCACAUUGGUGACCGAGUCUUGGCCAUCAAUGGGGUCAGUUUGAAAGGAAAACCACUGAGUGAGGCCAUCCAUCUCCUGCAGAUGGCUGGAGAGUCCGUCACACUGAAGAUCAAAAAACAGGCUGACCGUUCUGACCGACGCCACCUCGCAGACAGAGAGGCUGCGUUUUUAAGUGACAUCGAGGAUGAUCUGACAGACUUCCCAAAGACCAGUAAACACUCAGAGAUCUACUCUGCCACUGUGCCCAGUAUAGACUCUGCCAUGAGCUCCUGGGAUAGCUCAGGGUUCGAUGCAGGCUACAGCAGCCAGGGGACAUAUCUUCACAAAGCGUCUGAUAUUCUGCUCAAUCCGAGCGACUGGCGCCGUACGCAGCACAGGAGCCAAACCAGCUCAAGCUCUGCUGGCCUGCUACACCACUCGUCACUGUAUGAUGGGAGGUUUACUGAGGAUGAGUGGGACAAGAUACCUGGAUUCGUCAGCCCCCCUCGUUGCCAUGGCACCCUGAACCAGGAAGACAGCUUUUGGUCCCAGGCUCUGCAGGACCUCGAGACCUGCGGCCAGUCGGAGAUUCUCAGGGAGCUGGAGGCAUCCAUGACAGGUAGUGCUCUUAGUCUGUACCUAGAGGAGACCAAGACCAACGACGACUCCAUGUUUCAAUCUGACAUUAGUCCCAUCAAGCGGGAGGGAGUCCACGGAGAGUCUAAGAACAAAACAAACCUGAACCAGUCCUCUGGAGCCAGGGAUGCACCAUCCCGGGGCAAAGGGAACCCAUCUGAUAUGUUGUCCCCCACUACUCUGGCACUGCAUAAGGUGUCUAUAAGGAAAGAUCUCGAGAGCCGUGACUUUGGGUUCAGUGUAUCCGACGGGCUCCUUGAGAAAGGGGUUUAUGUUAACAUGAUCCGCCCAGAUGGCCCUGCUGACCAAGCGGGGUUAAAACCUUUUGACCGCAUUCUUCAGGUGAACCGUGUCCGGACCAGGGACUUGGACUGUUGUCUGACUGUGCCUCUAAUCUUAGAAGCAGGAGACAGCCUGGACUUGGUCAUUAGCAGAAAUCCUCUGGCAGCGGCAGACAACGGGCUGCCCGACGGCUGUGACGACCCCUCGAACUCGUUAUUCUGCUUUCCAGAGCGCAGGACCAACACCAUCGCCCUGUGACCUCAAAGACGGAACAAACACAAGCUUUAAAACGCUGCAGCGCUGGAACCUCACACCUCACACGCGUACACAAAUCCUUCACGCACGGUUAAGUUUGUCACAUUGUCCCUCUCGCACAGACCUUCACACUUAACGUCCAGCACGCCGAGCAUCUAGAAACAGCUGCCCGAAAGCAUCUUUCACUCAAAGUUACAAGUGCAUGUGUUCACAUUUGCCGGUUUUAGUCACUGUGUUCACAUGAUGCAUUUUAAAAGGAGGCUCUGGCUUCAGUGCACCCCCCACCCCCUCCCCUCCCCUCUCCUCUCCUCUCCUCACCCACCCACCUCUUCCAUCUCCAGAGGCAAAGCCACAUGCAGGGUUAUAUAACAGCAGAGUCAUAGCUUCUGACUGAGCCAGGAUGCCAACAAACAUGCCUCAGCUGUGGAGAGAGUUUAAUGCUGCACACACAUCACAUACAUUGACUAUAUUUUGCUUUAAUGAGCUUCAUGUUCCCUUUGAAAGAACAUUCUCCUAUUGUUUUUUUUACUACACACAAGAUUUGGACAUGCAUUGCUUUAAACAUAUAUGACACACUGGGUGUUAACAGACUCGAGGUUCAAGCCACAUUGUUCAUGUUUGUGUUAUUUCAGCCAGGACUUGGCUCACUGUUCUUGUUUCCACUCUUCUCCUCAGUGCCUGCCCUCGAGAGAGGACAGGGCCUCCAAAUGGACAAAAUCUGCUACUUGCCAUGUGUAAUUAGCAAGAAAUUAAAGACCCAUAUAUCUAAAUAAAUUAACUGAGGGAUCUCAGCUCUUUUUGUUUAAAGUGUUUCUAAAUGAUUCAAGGGAGACUCCAGCUUUCAGAUAAAACGAGUCGUUUGUUUCCAUCCUGUUUCUAAAGAUAUUUAAACUUCCACGUUCUACACGUUUUGUUUUCCAAAUCCUGCAUUUGCACAUUACAGUGUUGUUUUUCUCUCCUUUAAGUUCAUGUCUCACUUUCACCUCUUCAUGUUUCAUUUCACUUUUUUUAAUCUCAGUUUCUAUUAGCGGCAUUACACCAAUAUGACUUGUGAUUUCUUUCAGUCACCACAGCACUUCCUAACAUCCCCUCCCCAAAUGGAGCAAGAGAUGCCUUCACUUUACAGUGAUUUAUUACUUUCUUGUAUUAAUACAUCGACUGCACUGUUUUUCAGUCUUGUUCCAGUUGCUGUUUUUCCCAAAAAGCAUGUUGAGCAUGCACGUUUGCCCUCAGCUCUUCCUCCCAGUACAAAAAUGGAGUAAUCUCUGUUUGCUCCAACAGGACCCAUUUUUUAACAUGACACAUUGUUUUAUAAAGCAUUUGUCUAUCUGCCUCUGGAAGUGAGAUACAUGUUUUGUUUCAUGUGUUGGCUAAUGUGAAGAUGUUGUAAGAUAAUUGCGCUGUCCUGUUAGAAGAGCCUUAGAGACUGAUUAUCCUUGGGACAGUAACUUAUGUCUUCUGUUAAAUGUAAUGUGUAUACAGAGGCCUAUUUUUAAGGUUUUAUAUUAAUUUACUGUAUAGUACCAUAUAUUUUACUCUAUAAUGUAUUCUGGUAUGCAGUGCUUUAUUUUUAUUUCCAGUACAUACAGUAUAAGAGCCUGAUGUGAGCUGUAAUACUGAAUACAGCUCUGCAUUAUUUGGUUAAUGUCCAUGUCCUCCCUAAGUAUGACAGGAACUGUUUCAAAGGAACUUGAAAGAAUUAUCUUAUAUUUUAUUUUUGUUAUUUUAUUUAUUAUAAGGUAAGAAAUGUAUUUCUUUUUAUGAGAAUAAAGUUAUAAAACCACCCUG